AGGUGGGCGGUGCCGGCCGCCAUUGCUCCCUGGACCCUGUCGCCGGCAGGCUCUCAGCAUGUGUGGUUUUGUUUUGUUUUGUUUUGUUUUGUUUUAUACCAGAUUAAGCUUGCUGCUGCGAGACAGCAGGGGGCUAGGAAAAGGCGCAGUGGAGCCUGGAGCGGUCAUCGCCGACUGGACGCAGCUUCCGUUCUCCUGGUGACGCGUCCCACAGGCCCCGCCCCAGUGGUCGGCUGCAGCCCUGUUGCUAGGCAACAGCGUGCGCGCUCUGAGCGGCGCGGGGCGGAGAAGAAGUGGGAUUUGGCAGCCUAGGCGCACAGACCCGGAGACUGCACCGGGAUGGACCAGUACUGUAUCCUGGGCCGCAUCGGGGAGGGCGCCCACGGCAUCGUCUUCAAGGCCAAGCACGUGGAGACUGGCGAGAUAGUUGCCCUCAAGAAGGUAGCCCUACGGCGGUUGGAGGACGGUAUCCCUAACCAGGCCCUGCGGGAGAUUAAGGCUCUGCAGGAGAUGGAGGACAAUCAGUAUGUGGUGCAGCUAAAGGCUGUGUUCCCACAUGGUGCAGGCUUUGUGCUGGCCUUUGAGUUCAUGCUGUCGGAUCUGGCUGAGGUGGUGCGCCAUGCCCAGAGGCCACUAGCCCAGGCACAGGUCAAGAGCUACCUGCAGAUGCUGCUCAAGGGUGUCGCCUUCUGCCAUGCCAACAACAUCGUGCAUCGGGACCUGAAACCUGCCAACCUGCUCAUUAGUGCCUCAGGCCAGCUCAAGAUAGCAGACUUUGGAUUGGCCCGUGUCUUUUCCCCAGAUGGCAGCCGCCUCUACACACACCAGGUGGCCACCAGGUGGUACCGAGCCCCCGAGCUCCUGUAUGGUGCCCGCCAGUAUGACCAGGGCGUCGAUCUGUGGGCCGUGGGCUGCAUCAUGGGGGAGCUGUUGAAUGGGUCCCCACUUUUCCCGGGUGAGAACGACAUUGAACAGCUUUGCUGUGUGCUUCGCAUCUUGGGCACCCCCAGCCCUCAAGUCUGGCCGGAGCUCGCUGAGCUGCCGGACUACAACAAGAUCUCCUUCAAGGAACAGGCACCCGUGCCUCUGGAGGAGGUGCUGCCCGACGCCUCUCCCCAGGCAUUGGACUUGCUGGGUCAGUUCCUCCUCUACCCUCCUCACCGGCGCAUCGCAGCCUCCAAGGCUCUCCUCCAUCAGUACUUCUUCACGGCUCCUCUGCCUGCCCACCCGUCUGAGCUGCCGAUUCCUCAGCGUCCAGGGGGACCUGCCCCCAAGGCCCAUCCAGGCCCCCCCCACGUUCAUGAUUUCCACGUGGACCAGCCUCUUGAGGAGUCGCUGUUGAACCCGGAGCUGAUUUGGCCCUUCAUCCCGGAGGGGUGAGAAGCUGGCCCUGGGCCUGUCUGCCUGUGCCUAAGGACCACCCAGUCCCCUUGUUCCUCUGCCACCUGCCCGGCUCCACCCUCCAAGGCCUCCCCAUGGCCACACUGGGCCCACUCCACACCACACCCUGCCCCUUAACCCUUGUGAGGGCUGGUCUUGAGGCAGAGGUUAUGCUCCUAGCCAAGAGCAUCCAGCAGAGAUUCCCGGCCUGUGCUUGGUGAGUCUGUGUGCUCCUGACUUACCCAUCAGAACAGUGAGCUCUGCUGCCAGUCAGGGCCUGCCUGUGCGGAAUGGCGAUGCGUGCCUUGGUGAUUACCCAGCAGAACAGUGAGCUCUGCUGCCAGUCAGGGCCUGCCUGUGCGGAAUGGCGAUGCCUGCCUUGGUGCUGCUUCCCCAGGUGUCACCUCCUGGCCAAGGAGAAGUGCAGAGAGCAAGGCGUCCACAUGUUGGAAACGCAAGUGGAGGGAAGAUUUGGUUUUAUUCUCAGAGACAUUAAACACUAACUAGUUCAGUAUGUGAGGUUAUAGAUUCUAAAAACCUCAGGUGUCUCUGUGUUAUGUCGGUUCCUCCUCCAUUUCUCUCAAGGGAAAUAAAGUGGCAUUGUCUCAUGGCCCUCAUUUUUGGGAGGUCCUGGGCAAGGUGGCACCAGGCACAGCCACUUCUGCCCUGAGGGCCUCUUGUGUGCUUCCUGUGACUGAGCACUCAUUUGGAAGUGAGGGAGACGGAAGUCUAGGCCCAGGGAUGGCUCCAGUUGGGGAUCCAGCGGGAGACCCUCCGCACUGAGGCUGGUUUACCAACCUCUGCUCCCUCAGGAUGAGUGUGAGCCAGAAGCAGCUGUGUAUAUAAGGAAAUAAGCAUUCCUGGAAUUAAUUUUCUAAUUUAAUAAAUCUCCAUAUAAUCC